CACCGGGACUGACCCUCCUGCCCGACGGAGCCCCGGUUCGUGCCACUGCGCCUGCGUCCCGCGGCACGCCGAGAGACAAACAGAGUAGCUAUUGUUAGCCGAGGGACCAGGCAGCGGGUUGAGUCUGGAGUUUAUCCCACACUCACCAUCUACCUGUUGAAUGUUUACACCGUCGACUCAGUGUCGAAGAACAAAGUAGAACCUCGGCCGUGGCCAGGCGAGGAAAGGAAAAGUGUUCCCGGAAGAAAGGAAGGAAGAAAUUGAGGACAGCUAGUUGGGAAAUAAGGAAGUAAAUAAGGACAACACGACCGUUGCGCUUGGGACUCAACAGGUACUUCAAUGUUUUAACGGCGGCUCGGACUUUUUGUUUUCACACGGAGGAAAAAGAACAACGACAACAGCAACAAAAUGCCGUUGGGACCGUGGAGGAAGAAAAACAAAGCCACGAAGGAGCAUUUGGUGGACAACGAGGAGGUCAGCGGCGGACACGCAGGUGCCGGCAGCCAGGGUAAAUCCGCCGUGAACGGAGCGGGGCUCCCGCCUCCACCUGCCGGCCUGCGGCCCAAACUGGUCUUCCACACGCAGCUGGCGCACGGAAGUCCCACCGGCAGGAUCGAGGGAUUUACCAACGUCAAGGAGCUGUACGCAAAAAUAGCAGAGGCGUUUAAUAUAAGCCCACCUGAGAUCCUGUUCUGCACCCUGAACACCCACAAGAUUGACAUGGACAAGCUGCUGGGAGGCCAGAUCGGCCUGGAGGAUUUUAUCUUCGCCCACAUUAAAGGGAUCAAGAAGGAGGUAGAAGUCUAUAAAUCUGAAGAUGCUCUCGGUCUCACCAUCACCGACAAUGGCGCGGGCUACGCUUUCAUAAAGCGUAUCAAAGAGGGCAGUGUGGUGGACGGGGUGAAGGUGAUCUGCGUGGGCGACCACAUAGAGUGCAUCAAUGGACGUAACAUCGUCGGGACGCGGCAUUAUGAGGUCGCCCGCAUGCUUAAAGAUCUACCCAGAGACAAAUCCUUCACCCUCAAGCUGGUCGAGCCGAUGAAGGCCUUUGAAAUGCUUGAGCCCAGGUCAAAGGGGGCCAAACCUGCCAGCGACAUCAAGAUCAGCACAGGGAGGGGGACCCUGAGACUUCGCUCCAAGGGCCCAGCUACUGUGGAGGACGAGCCAACAGAGUUUGAGGAGAAGGCAGUCAAGAAAGUGGAUGACCUCCUGGAGAGCUACAUGGGCAUCAGAGACACCGAACUUGCUGCUACGAUGGUUGAGGUUGGCCGCGACAAGAAUAACCCGGAUGAAUUCGCCAUGGCGUUGGAUGAGACCCUCGGAGACUUCGCUUUUCCGGACGAGUUUGUCUUCGAUGUCUGGGGGGCGAUUGGAGACGCCAAGCAUGAAAGAUUUUAAGUUUACCCCUGCCUCCCAAACACACACACACACACACACACCUUCCCUCCUUUCCCGACUCACCUCUUACUAUCCUCAGAAG